CAUAUGCGAUACAACUGCCGAAGUUGCAUGUCAAACUUCUGAAAAUGAUUAUGAAGUUCAACUCCGAUACGUCGAAAUGGCACUGUCGGCCGAACAGGUUCUUAAGUUUUCUGACAACAGACUGAAAGAUGCAUGGUAUGGUCCACUUGAAGAGCUAGCGCUGUUCAACUUUUGGAAGCUCAUAAAGGAUAAAGCUGAAGGACUUUUUUAUACGGAGCCACUGAAUCCAAAUGAAAGUCUCACUUUGGAUUUUAUUGUUGACCCGGAAGGCGAGUGCGUCUUUAUGCCCCAACCAAAUGGAGGAAACGAUGAUUAUGCAACUGCAAACGGUGCUCCAAAUUCACGUGAUGCCUCCCUCGAUCAUUGUGAAAUAUUUGAGAAUUCAGCUUCCACAUCUGAAUCGCGAAUCCAGCAUGACGCAAACGCUAAGCAAACAUUAGAACAUGUUCCACUGGCUGAGAUAUCUACAUCAGUGUCUAAUAUAGAACCAGCGUAUGUACAAUCUGACGCAACGGAAGCACCGAAUGUGCUAUCUACCUUGACUUGCAAGCAGAAAGAUCCAUUCGAUAAAGUGCUGAUCUGGCCAAGAAUUGAGCCGCCUAAGAAAGGAGAUCGUAAGCGUCGUGGUCAAGAACAUGUGCCAUCGGUGGCUACCAGUGAACGGUGGCUACAAUGGUUCAAGAAGAAGGAUCAGGAAAAGCAAGAAAAAGAAGUUGCGCAGAAAGCCAGGCUGGAAGAGCGCAAGCGUCUAAAAGAGAAAAAAGAAGAAGAGAGGUGUCAGCUGCAAAAGAAGAAGGAAGAGGCCAAAAAAGCCAAGAUAGAAGAGCGAAAAAACCUGAAGGAGAAGCGAGAAGAAAUGAAACGUACAAAGGCUGCUACCAAGAAGAAUAAAGAAAACCACGGGAUGAGGAAGAAGGCUACCGAAUCUCCUGCAGCUGAUGAGUGAAAGCGAAAGGGGAUCGAAAGAGAAGAAGGACUAAGUAAAGUAGCGAAGAAGUUGCUGGUGAGGACGAUCUUUGAAUAUCAGGACUGACGAAUGAAAAUGGUUUAAAAGGAAGAGGCGCUAAAAAAGGUGACCAUGAAUGGCAUAGAUAAGACAGGAAGAAAGCAGAAUGUGGACGACAAUGACGAAUAAAUGUAGAGCACAAAAAUCAAUUUCGAAAGAAGAAGAAUUAGGAGGUAAAUGGGAAAAUGGUUUCGCGAUGAUCGGACUCACCUUGGAAUAGUUUAGAGGAAUUAGAGAAGAGAUAGAGAAGUUAUUUAAAAUCAGAAUGAAUUUUGAUGUAACUGUUUUUUUUUUCAAUAAAUAUUCGAAACAAAAACCAUGUUCAGUAUAUGAUGAUAGCAGUAGAUGAUUGACCGCUCCCCCAAAUUACACUGUGACAGUGGACGACGGGGAUAAUCUGUCACCACUUCAUCCUUCCACACCCCUUCAAACAUGAAUUAAUUUAUGGAUGAUCCAUCUUUCACUUUGUGUAUUUUUUGCUUAUAAAACAAGUGUUUUUAUGAAUGAAGA